AUGGAAGUGGGGGAAGUCUGCGACGAAGAUAUUGUCUGCGAUAUGCUUCCGGACGGAUCAAAUGUCCGCCAGUUCAUACAACAAUAUCAAAAUGGCGAGUUGAAGUUUUACGUAAAGAGUGCAGAGCCACCAGAGGAAAACAACGACCCAGUGAAAAUUGUAACUGGAAACACAUUCAAAAGUAUAGUUCUUGACGAGGAGAAGGACGUCUUCGUCGAAUUUUAUGCUCCUUGGUGCGGUCAUUGCAAAACCUUGGAGCCAAUUUGGGAGGAGCUCGCCCAAACUCUCCUCGAAGACGAAAAAAUACUUUUUGCAAAGAUGGACGCGACUGCCAACCACCCGCCAAAGUACUUUAGAUACAGCGGCUUUCCGACAAUAUUCUGGGCAGGUCGCGGUGCAAAAGAUGAACCGGAGCAAUACAAGGGAUCUCGAAACAUUGAAGGCUUUCUUCAGUUUAUUCGCGAAAGAGUGGAUUACAAAUUGAAACUGGACGAAACCAAGGAAUCAGAAGAAAACAAUUCAUACGAACAUACUGAGCUGUGA